AUCCACAUCUUUGAUCGCCUAUAGGUCUGGGGGUCGUGUGUAUAUAUAUGUGCAGCCAUGCAGGAUGGUGCCAGUGCAGUGCCACAUACAAACGCAGCGAAUCGACCCAUCCAUCCAUCAAUCAAAGCACGUCAGCCUCACAACAUCAUCUCCUGCUCCUCCACAACCAUGGAUAAGGCCUACGUGGCCGUGCUCUCCUUCGCCUUCCUCUUCGUGCUCCACUACCUCGUCGGCCGUGCUGGCGGCAACGGCCGCAAGGGCAACAAUGGCAAGGGGAAUGCUGCGCAGCAGCGGCUGCCACCCAGCCCUCCCGCCGUCCCGUUCCUCGGCCACCUCCACCUCGUCAAGACGCCAUUCCACGAGGCGCUGGCCGGCCUCGCGGCGCGCCACGGCCCGGUGUUCUCCAUGCGCAUGGGCUCCCGGGGCGCCGUGGUCGUGUCCUCGCCCGAGUGCGCCAAGGAGUGCUUCACGGAGCACGACGUGGCCUUCGCCAACCGCCCCAGGUUCGCCACGCAGGAGCUCGUGUCCUUCGGCGGCGCCGCGCUCGCCACGGCCAGCUACGGGCCCUACUGGCGCAACCUCCGCCGCGUCGCCGCCGUGCAGCUCCUCUCCGCGCACCGCGUCGCCUGCAUGUCCUCCGUCAUCUCCGCAGAGGUGCGCGCCAUGGUGCGCCGGAUGAGCCGCGCGGCCGCGGCGGCGCCCGACGGCGCCGCGCGCGUCCAGCUCAAGCGGAGGCUGUUCGAGGUCUCCCUCAGCGUGCUCAUGGAGACCAUCGCGCAGACCAAGACCUCCCGCACCGAGGCCGACGCCGACACGGACAUGUCGCCCGAGGCGCACGAGUUCAAGCAGAUCGUCGACGAGAUCGUGCCGCACCUCGGCACCGCCAACCUGUGGGACUACCUGCCGGUGCUGCAGUGGUUCGACGUGUUCGGUGUGAGGAACAAGAUCAUGGCCGCUGUCAGCAGGAGGGACGCGUUCCUGCGGCGGCUCAUCGACGCAGAGCGGCGGAGGAUGGACGACGGCGGCGACAGCGACAAGAAGAGCAUGAUCGCCGUGCUGCUCUCAUUGCAGAAGUCAGAGCCGGAGCUGUACACGGAUACCAUGAUCAUGGCACUUUGCGGGAAUUUAUUUGGCGCCGGAACGGAGACCACAUCGUCCACGACAGAAUGGGCCAUGUCGCUUCUUCUGAACCACCCGGAGGCGCUGAAGAAGGCACAGGCAGAGAUCGACGCGGUCGUGGGCAACUCCCGGCUGAUCACCGCAGAAGACGUGCCUCGCCUCGGCUACCUGCAGUGCGUCAUCAACGAGACCCUGCGCAUGUACCCUGCCGCGCCGCUGCUCCUGCCGCACGAGUCGGCGGCGGACUGCAAGGUCGGCGGCUACGACGUGCCCCGCGGCACGCUGCUGAUCGUGAACGCGUACGCGAUCCACAGGGACCCCGCGGUGUGGGAGGACCCGGCCGAGUUCAGGCCGGAGCGGUUCGAGGACGGCAAGGCCGAGGGGCGGCUGCUGAUGCCGUUCGGGAUGGGGCGGCGCAAGUGCCCCGGGGAGACGCUCGCGCUGCGGACCGUCGGGCUGGUGCUCGGCACGCUGAUCCAGUGCAUCGACUGGGACAGAGUCGAUGGCCUGGAGAUUGACAUGACCGCGGGUGGCGGGCUGACCAUGCCCAGGGCCGUCCCGUUGGAGGCCACGUGCAAGCCUCGUGCAGCUAUGCGCGAUGUUCUGAUGGAGCUCUGAGCCUCUGAUGAAGAGUAACAUCUUGGCAUAUGAUCCCUAGGGUCUCACUGCGUGGUACUGAGGUUCAACCGGUACUAGUGUGUAGGUGUGUAGCAGUAUGCUUUGGCUUAUGGUGUGUGCUGAACUAAAUAAGCUUGGGUGCGUAAUACCCUCGUACGUUUUAUUUCUUCUGUAAAAUAUAUGGUCGUUUGUAUGAGCAAUUAGUAGUUGUUUCACAGUUCACAGUAUGGUUUAGCAAAUUGUGAUCUUCUCCAGAUUAUCUUGUAUAGUAUUCAAGAUAUGUAAACAAUUUAUUCGUUUGAGUUUAUCUGUCGAAUCUACCAGU